CAUUAUUAGAUCUUACUCCCACUCCCUCCCCAGACUCCCACACCACAGCGCCAUAAAGAUACGGAGAAGUAUCCCAUACUCGCCAUUUUUGCACCCUUCUCUUUCUCUCUCGCUCAUCCUCAAACACUCUGCAAAUCACUCCAGGGUUUCAGUGACAGAUUCGUUCCUUGGUUGGGCCCUUUUCAUGAUAUUCUGGGAAAGUGCAUGAUUAGCCAAUUGACAUUAACUCUCUCAAAUCUACAAUCAAGCUGAAUUCGAGCAUUUUAUCAACAUUUGAAAGUUUCUACUGCAUUAAAAAUGGCAACACAGUCAGUGGAAUGUCCGGCUUCUACUGUUCCAACUGCCCAGAUAGUUGGUAAUGCCUUUGUAGACCAGUACUAUCACAUCCUACACCAUUCUCCGGAGCAAGUUUACAAAUUUUAUCAAGACUCAAGUGUCCUGAGUAGGCAAGAAGCAAAUGGCAUGAUAUCAUCUGUGACAACAAUGCAGGCUAUCAAUGAAAAGAUUCUGUCCUUGGAUUCAAUAAACUACAAGGCAGAGAUAAAAACUGCGGAUGCUCAAAAUUCUCACCAGCGAGGGGUGAUUCUUCUAGUAACAGGAUGCUUAACUGGAAGGGACAAUGUCACCAAGAACUUUACACAAACAUUCUUUCUAGCUCCUCAGGAGAAAGGGUAUUUUGUUCUGAAUGACAUUUUUCGUUAUAUUGAGGAGAAUGAACCCCUGGAGAGUAGCUCUAAAUCAGUAAAUGGUGCAGAUGGUUCAACUCCAGUGGUGUUGUCAUCUGAUCCAGAGCACAUUCCUGUUCCUGAUCAUUCCACAUUUGACCCUGCAACUAUUGCUGCAUCUGAGGAACAGAAUAUUGCAGAAGUGUGUGACCCUUCUGAUAACGAAGAAGAUUCCGUUAUUGAAGAGGAAGUUGUUGAUGAGGCUAUCACUCAUCAAAACCAAAAUGAAACUGCAGCUGUUGACCUUUCUGAUGUACCUGCAACACUAGAUGAGAAAAAAUCAUAUGCAUCUAUAGUCAAGGUGAAUAAGGCAUCUACUGGUGCUACCGUUGUAUAUGCACCAACACGUCGCACCCAAGUUGUAACUGCAAAAUCUGAACAACCACUACUUGGAUCUGAAAAGACUUCAGGUCCACCAGAGACAUUGGAUUCUUCAAACUACAAUGCUCCUGAACAUUAUGAUGCCCACGAGGAAGGUUACUCCAUUUAUGUACGGAAUUUGCCAUCCAUUGCAACUCCUGCACAGCUUGAGGAGGCUUUUAGGACUUUUGGACUAAUUAAGAACAAUGGUAUUCAAGUUAGAAGUAAUAAGGAAGGGUUUUGCUUUGGAUUUGUGGAAUUUGAGUCAAAUAGUUCAAUGCAGAAUGCAAUAAAGGCCUCGCCGAUAACAAUUGGGGGUAGGCAAGCUGUUGUAGAGGAAAAGAGAACUACCAGCCGAGCGGUUGGUAGUUCUAGAGGUAGGUACCCUUCAGGUAGAGGUGGGUUCCGAAGUGAAAACUUCAGAGGGCGUGGCAGUAACUAUGGUGGGAGAAGCUAUGGAAGGAACAAUUCGAGGAACCAAUCUGAGUUUCCCUUCCGACCAAAGGGCCCACCCCGAAAUGUGGAAACGUACAGGCGCGUCGAUCAUAGUGAGAACAGCCGUCGAGGUGGGACCAACAAAGAUGUUUCUGCAUAAAUUUCCGUAGCAGAGGCCCUCGAUUUUUGUCGGUCGCACACGUUUUUUUCUUUUCUUUUUUGGGGAAAAAAAUAUUUGUUCGUUUAUUCUAAAGCUUAGUUUGGGACUAAUGCAGUGUUUAUUUGUGAGAUGUUAUUUUUCUGGGUGUAAUCUCACAAAUCCCCCUUUUAUAUGUGAAUCUGUCUAUUCCACUAUUUUGAGUCAUAGAGGAAGAUGAAAAUACUUGUUCUGGCUUUUUCUAUUUUAGCCAUGAGCCAUUGUUUUAU